GCUUUUGUUUUGAACUUGCUUUGGUGUUUAUGAUCUGCUUCGUUGCUCUUGAAUCCUUAUUGACAAAGCAACUUGGACAUCAGGCGGACGAAGAACGAAGGGAAUCCAAAAUGAGGGUGCUGGUAACGGGAGCUACUGGUUAUUUGGGGAGCAGCCUCUGCAGGGGACUGCUGCAAGAAGGCCACACUGUGAAGGCCCUUGUCCGCCGGUCCAGCGACCUUUCGUCCCUUCCCACCACCACUUCCUCUCACAACUUCGAGCUUGCCUUUGGCGACGUCACCGACCUCGCUUCCCUCCUCGCCGCGUUCUCCGGCUGCGACGUCCUCUUCCACACUGCUGCCGCCGUCGAGCCUUGGGUCCCUAACCCCUCCGUACUCUUCACCGUAAAUGUUGAAGGAUUGAGGAAUGUGCUGCUAGCGUUUAGAGAGACGAGUUCUAUGCAGAAGAUGGUGUAUACCUCGUCCUUCUUUGCUCUUGGGCCUACUGACGGAUGUAUCGGUGAUGAGAUGCAGAUGCAUCACGAGAAGUUCUUCUGUACAGAGUAUGAGAAGUCCAAACUUAUGGCUGAUAAAAUUGCACUUAAAGCAGCCGAAGAUGGCCUGCCAAUCGUUAUUCUUUAUCCGGGGGUCAUUUAUGGGCCUGGAAGGCUUACUUCAGGAAAUCUUGUGGCUAAUACGAUUAUAGAGCGCUUCAGCGGGCGUUUACCAGGCUAUAUUGGCAAAGGCAAUGAAAGGUUUUCUUUUUGCCAUGUUGAGGAUGUAAUACAUGGACAUGUAGCAGCAAUGGACAGAGGGAAAAUUGGUGAAAGGUAUUUACUUGGUGGAGAAAAUGCAUCUUUUGCUGAUGUACUUGACAUUGCUGCCAUGGUCACUGGAACACAACGGCCUUCAUUUCAUAUUCCAUUGUGGCUAGUGGAAAUCUAUGGUUGGAUGAGCGUGUUUUGGGCCCGUCUCACAGGAACUAUUCCUCUAAUUAGUUACCCAAUAGUGCAUGUAAUGAGACACCAGUGGGUUUAUUCUUCUGACAAGGCCAAAGAGGAGCUUAAUUACAAGCCAAGAAAUUUAAAGGAAGGUCUAACUGACGUUAUGAUGUGGUUGAAGAGUGUAGGAAAAAUAAAUUAUUGAACUUGCACAUCGGCCAUCUCUCUUUACCAAAUGGUAUCACCAUUAGAUUAGUGCCAAUAAAGGGGCAACCAUUAGACUAGUGGGACGAAAUUGCAAUUAAUGGUUCUCCAAAGUUUAUGAAUUACAGCAAUCUCCUGUGAUGUUUAUGUUCGUUACCUUUGAGCAUCAUGUAAAGCAAGGCUAAUUUGGUACUCUGUUCUACAGUGGCUGCUGCUUUCUUUCCUAUCUUCAAAGUUUAUGAAUUAUAUAUAUUGAAGGACUUAAAGUUAUCAAA